AUGGCAUCUCUUCCCCUUCCACCUCAUGUCUCUAGUCGAUCCGUCUCCACCUCCGCCCUUAACUUCCACAUCCUCGAGGCCGGCUACUCUCCCGACCACAACCGUCCUCUGAUCCUGCUUCUCCAUGGCUUCCCCGAACUGGCCUUCUCAUGGCGCAAGAUCCUGCCCCGUCUCGCAGAGGCAGGGUACUACGCCGUCGCCCCCGACCAGCGCGGAUUCGGCCGCACCACAGGCUGGGACACCCGCAGCUACGACGAGGUAGAUCUGUCCACCUUCUCGCUCACCUCGCUAGUACGAGACAUGGUGAUUCUCGUUCACGCACUGGGAUACCGCUCCGUCCGCUGCGUCGUGGGCCACGACUGCGGCGCCGUAUCCGCCGCCAUGUGCGCAUUGAUCCGGCCAGACUUCUUCGAAAGCGUAGUCCUGCUGAGCCAUCCGUUCAACGGCACGCCAUCCCUGCCCUUCAACACCGCCAACAACCGUGACCAUGACCAUGACCAUGACCACGGAACCCCAGGAAGCGGCGGCAUGGAAUCCGCCGCCAGCAACCACAUCCACGCUGAGCUGGCCCAGCGCGACCGCAAACACUACAAAUGGUACUACUCCACCGCCUCGGCAAACGACGAGAUGAGCCUCCUCCCGGGCCGACUCCGCGAGUUCCUGCGCGGGUACUUUCACCUCAAGAGCGGCUCGUGCGCGCGCAACCACCCGCGUCCAUUAAACUGGACAGCGGAUGAACUACUCCAACUACCGUUCUACUACAUCAUGCCGCUGGACGCUACCAUGCCCGAAGCCAUCGCGCUGGACAUGGCGAACGAGCCGGAGAAAGCUCAGCAGCUUUCGCAGACCUGGCUGCCUGAUGCGGAUCUGGAUGUUUACGUGGCUGAGUAUGGGCGGACGGGGUUCCAGGGUGGGUUGAACUGGUACCGAGUGCGGACGGCGGCGAAUGGUUGGUUCACACGGGAUUUUGACGCGUUUGCGGGGAAGAAAAUCGAGGUGCCUUGUGCGUUUGUGUCGGGGAAGAUGGACUGGGGAAUUUACCAGGAGCCGGGGGCCUUGGAGAAGAUGGUGAAUGGGGAGGUGUGCAGUGAUUUUAGGUUCCUGAGGUUGAUUGAUGGGGUGGGGCAUUGGGCGCCUCAGGAGAGUCCGGAUGAGGUUGCUGGUGCGAUUCUGGACCUGGUGCGUAGUCUGAAAUGA